AUAAAAGGGCUAUUUUUUAGCAAAGCAGAUUAUUAGUUUCUAAGAACUUUUCCCUAUAAGAUGAUCACGUGACUAUGUACAUGAAGUAUGCAGUGACACGUUUGUUGACAUUUUAAAAUUACAGUUUUCUUGCAAAUUACAAAAUGACAAUUGCUCAAAAGGAUUGGGGCUUACACCACCUUGCUGCCAUGCAGUUUGUAGCAGGUGGAUGUGCAGGUUUUGUAGAAGUUUCAAUAAUGCACCCUUUGGAUUUGGUGAAGACCAGAUUUCAGAUACAGAGGGGGCCUGAAGACCCCAACAGAUAUACCUCACUUGCUGAUUGCUUCAAGAAAAUGUACAGAAAUGAAGGGCCUUUGUCAUUUUAUAAAGGAAUAUUACCUCCAUUACUUGCUGAGACACCAAAGAGGGCUGUUAAAUUCUUCACUUUCGAACGAUAUAAACAUUUGUUUGCAUAUGGUGGAUAUCUGCCACAGUCAAUGAUUUUUACACUUGCUGGACUGUGUUCAGGACUUACAGAAGCUGUAGUUAUAAAUCCAUUUGAAGUUAUCAAAGUAAAGUUACAAGCUGAGAGGAAUGUUCUACUGUCUGAGCAAAAGAGCACAUAUGCAACAGCUCGAGAGAUUCUACGGGAGCAUGGUUUUAGUUCUCAGGGAUUCGGCAAGGGUUUGACAGCUACAUUAGGAAGACAUGGUGUGUUUAACAUGGUCUAUUUUGGAUUUUACCACAAUAUCAAGGGGAUGAUCCCUGAAGCUGAGGAUCAGAAGCUGGAGAUUUUGCGGAGAUUUCUGAUUGGUCUAGCCAGUGGGACACUGUCUUCUGUAAUAAAUAUUCCAUUUGAUGUAGCCAAAAGUCGUAUACAGGGUCCACAACCAGUACCUGGGGAAAUAAAAUAUAGAACGUGUUUUGCUACCAUCGCAACUGUAUAUAAAGAAGAAGGGUUCUUUGCUCUGUAUAAAGGACUGUUACCAAAGAUGCUUAGGUUGGGACCAGGUGGUGCUAUUAUGUUUCUAGUCUAUGAACAUGUUUUUGAUUGGAUGAAGAAUAAUUUGUGAUGAUGGAUCUGACUAGCCAGUAGUAUUUAGAAGCAGAAUUCUGAUUGGAUAAUCUAUAAUCUUUUAUUGAUGGGAAGAUGUAAAGAUAAGUUUGAUUGGCUGUGGUAUUGUCUAUGAGGAUUAUGUUGUCUCAGGAUAGUCAGAAAAUGAUAACUUAAGGUAGUUCUGCACAUUUGAUUAACUGGAAGUGACAGCAUAAUGUCAGUUAUCCAGAAAACCUAUAAUAAUUAUAUGGGUGGCAUAAAUGUUGCCGAGAAUCUGUUAUGUCCUGUCAGCCUGGGAAUCCAGUCUGACAAUUUCUAACUUUUUUUCUACCUGCAGUUUGACAUGUUGAUAAUAUCAGAAACUCGAUGAAUGCCAAUUAACACUAAUUAGGGCAAAUUAAGUGGGAUCUUUAAUGCAUAGAUAUUAGGUAUGAUUUCAUAUGACAAAGCGUGAUUAUUGUCAAUGGCUUCCCAGGCUAAUGUCCUGUGUAUGAAAUGCUAAACAGUCAGUAUUAUGGUCAGCCAUGACAAUAGAUAGGUUUGAUGUAAAAAUGUUUGAAAAUAAGAACAUCAGUUAAGCAGCAAUGUAAGGAUUGCAAAUGGUAUUUGGCAAGUUGUGAAAAAUUAAGAACAUGGACCUGUGGACAUAUGAUUAAAAAAUCUACAUUGCAGAACUUUUUCUACAUGUGAAAAUGUCAUCAAAUGUGUGAUUUUCCAGUAGGAGCCCAUAGUGAAAGUUGACUGCAUGGACCAUAUUUUCAAAUCAUUCUAACAAAAGUUCAAGCACAAACCCUAACAUUUUUAUUGGCAGAACUUCCUUCAGAUACAAUGAUGCUUUGAACAAAUUUGGUUGAAUAAAAUUUUAUGUUGUAGAACAAUAUUUGUUUCCGACAUGCAGAACUAUGCCAAAUAGUAUUUUUGUUAAAAUCAGUUUUUAUACUAACAAAAGAUUUGCUAUAUUCCACAAAAUAUACUGCUAUUAAUGUUUCUAUUAUUCAAAUGCAUGAUUUUAGAUUUUUAUUUAGAAUCUCUUCCUUUUUCAUUAUAAAUGAUAUUUGUAGAUUUUUUUAAUUGUUUACCAAUUUGUAAAGUCUGAGGGUAAUUAGGUGCUAAAAUAUUUUGUUUCACAUUUAGUCAGAAUAUUUGUUUGGGGGCAAAUACAGAAAGCCUUAGGUAUUUUAUAUAAAUGUAUAUCGUUUAUUGAAAGAGUCAGUUAUUAAUCAUUUACAUCAAAACAGUUAAACUUUUUGGAAAAAGAGAUAUUUUUGCCACGCCAUGAGAAAACCAACAUAAUGCUCCCACGCAGUCUGGUCAGGAUCCAUGCUGUUCGCUUUCAAAGCCUAUUGCAAUUAGAGAAACUGUUAGCGAACAGCAUGGAUCCUGAUUGCACGGAUGCGCAGGCAGGUCUGGAUCCAUGCUGGUCGCAAAAGCACUAUGUUGGUUUUCUCAUGGUGCAGCUCAUUUCAUAAUCAUGACUCAUAACUUCAUAAGACAAAGGCUUUACAAACAAAUAUCAGCAGGUGUCUAGUCAACUUUGAUCAUUGCAGUAUUUAACUCUAUGUGAAAGUAUCAAACAAACCAACAUGAGAUAUACACGUGCAGAAACCCAAAACAAUGCUUUUGUGCAUGAGGUUCUAAAUUCCUGACACAUGCACAAAAAAUCAUAGUGCUUUUAUGUCCAAGAUAUUUAAUUACUGGGGAAUACAAUAUAAUAAUAAUUAUUCAGGUUAACCCAAUAGGGAGUUUGUUGUGAGAAUUUACACAAGAUAUAACAAGAAAAAAUAUUUUAUGGGUUGAUGAGAGAUUUGUCUUGUUAAAACUGUGAUACUUUCAGUGAAUUGGUUGUGAUCUUCAUUUUUUCCUGUGUUUGGUACUGUGGAAUUGAAGUAAUGCUAGUGUAAUAUUUUUGUUAUUACACUAGUGUAAUAACAUUUUGGCAUCAAUGUCAUUUCAAGUGUAGAAGUCAUGCAGAUAGAUUUUUUUUCUCAUUUCCUGCAUUUUAUCACAGUGACUAUGCAUGCUUGAUUUUAAGUGUGCAGGUGUGUAAUCAGAAUCUUUAAAUUGAGCUUCUAGAUGUAUUAUUUUAGCAGAGUUAUGGCCUUUGCAUGUAAUAAUUGUUUACUGUAAAAUCAUUAAUAUUUGUGGGGGACUAAUUUUCAUGGAUUUCAUGGUUUAGUCAAUCCACGAAAUUUAAUCCCAACGAACAAGUAAAAUUCCCAUUCAUUUUAUGUUCAAAAGUUGAAAUCCCAUCAAUUCAUAUCCCCACGAAACUGCUGUUUUGACCUAAACCACGAAAUUUCAUGCCCACAAAAUUAAAUGAAUUUACAGUAGUUUUACUCAAUAUUUCAUUUGGUCUAUACAGAUGCUAAGCAGAUUUUUAUGUACAGGUGUGUUAUGAGGAUCUGCUGAUCAAGUUUUGUUCAUCUUUGAUGAUUUCAGCUACAGUGGCAUUGAUUUUGUUAAAUGAAUAAUUUUUCAAUCGGUUUGAUUUUUGAAGUAGUAUUUGAUUUUUUAACCAGUGUUUGAUUUUUGUUGUUGGUAUUUUUGCCUAGUGUUGAUGUGUUAUUUUUUACUAUACAUGUAAUUUUAUUUGUAUAUUCUGACUGGCAUUUAUAUAAAGUCAACUUAUCAGGGAGACUAAAAUAUAUAAUAAUGUAAAAUAAAAGAUAUGCAUUCUCAAUGUGCCUAUAGUACCGUAAUUGUAUAUUACCUCGAUGAUUUUUAGGCAGUUGUUUUUAGCUCAUCUGAUUUUUUGAAAAAAAAUGAUGAGUUAUUGUCAUCAUUUGAGCGGUUGUCGGCGUCUGCGUCGGCGUUGCCUGGUUAAGUUUUAUGUUUAGGUCAGCUUUUCUCCUAAACUAUCAAAGCUAUUGCUUUGAAACUUGGAAUACUUGUUCACCAUCAUAAGCUGACCCUGUAUAGCAAGAAACAUAACUCCAUCUUGCUUUUUGCAAGAUUUAUGGCCCCUUUUGUACUUAGAAAAUAUCAGAUUUCUUGGUUAAGUUUUAUGUUUAGGUCAACUUUUCUCCUAAACUAUCAAAGCUAUUGCUUUGAAACUUGGAAUACUUGUUCACCAUCAUAAGCAGACCCUGUACUUUAAGAAACAUAACUCCAUCUUGCUUUUUGCAAGAUUUAUUGCCCCUUUUGGACUUAGAAAAUCAGUUUUCUUGGUUAAGUUUUAUGUUUAGGUCAGCUUUUAUCCUAAACUAUCAAAGCUAUUGCUUUAAAACUUGCAACUCUUGUUCACCAUCAUAAGUUGACCCUGUACAGCAAGAAACAUAACUCCGUCCUGCUUUUUGCAAGAUUUAUGGCCCCUUUUGGACUUAGAAAAUAUCAGAUUUCUUGGUUAAGUUUUAUGUUUAGGUCAACUUUUUCUCUUAAACUAUCAAAGCUAUUGCUUUGAAACUUGCAACACUUGUUCACCAUCAUAAGCUGACCCUGUACAGCAAGCAACAUAACUCCAUCCUGCUUUUUGCAAUAAUUAUUGCCCCUUUUGGACUUAGAAAAUCAUUUUCUUGGUUGAGUAUUAUGUUUAAGUCAACUUUUCUCAUAAACUAUCAAAGCUAUUGCUUUAAAACUUGCAACAGUUUUUCACCAUCGUAAGUGGACACUGUAUAUCAAGAAACAUAACUCUAUCCUGCUUUUUGCAAGAAUGAUGGCCCUUUUUAGACUUAGAAAAUCAUGGGUAGGACAAUAUUUCUAUUACACAAAAAAAAUCAGAUGAGCGUCAGCAUCUGCAAGGCGGUGCUCUUGUUAUACUGGUUAUAAUAUGUUUUUAUGCCCCCGAAGGGAGGCAUAUAGUUUUUGAACCGUCUGUCUGUCGGUCUGUCAGUCUGUCGGUCUGUCCGCAUUUUUCGUGUCCGGUCCAUAUCUUUGUCAUCGAUGGAUGGAUGUUCAAAUAACUUGGCAUGAAUGUGUACCACAGUAAGACGACGUGUCGCACGCAAGACCCAGGUCCGUAGCUCAAAGGUCAAGGUCACACUUAGACAUUAAAGGUUAUUGCAUUGAUGGGCGUGUCCGGUCCAUAUCUUUGUCAUCGAUGGAUGGAUUUUCAAAUAACUUGGCAUGAAUGUGUACCACAGUAAGACGACGUGUCGCGCGCAAGACCCAGGUCCGUACCUCAAAGGUCAAGGUCACACUUAGACAUUAAGGGAUAGUGCAUUGAUGGGCGUGUCCGGUCCAUAUCUUUGUCAUCGAUGGAUGGAUUUUCAAAUAACUUGGCAUGAAUGUGAACCACAGUAAAGCGAUGUGUCGCGCGCAAGACCCAGGUCCGUAUCUCAAAGGUCAAGGUCACACUUAGACAUUAAGGGAUAGUGCAUUGAUGGGCGUGUCCGGUCCAUAUCUUUGUCAUCGAUGGAUGGAUUUUCAAAUAACUUGGCAUGAAUGUGUACCACAGUAAGACGACAUGUCAUGUGCAAGACCCAGGUCCGUAGCUCAAAGGUCAAGGUCACACUUAGAUGUUAAAGGUCUUUUUUCAUGAUAGUGCAUUGAUGGGCGUGUCUGGUCCAUAUCUUUGUCAUUCAUGCAUGGAUUUUAAAAUAACUACGCAUAAAUGUGUGACACAGUAAGACGACGUGUCGCGCGGAAGACCCAGCUCCGUAGGUCAAAGGUCCUAAACUCGAACAUCGGCCAUAACUAUUCAUUUAAAGUGCCAUCGGGGGCAUGUGUCAUCCUAUGGAGACAGCUCUUGUUUUCGGAUACAUUAACAAAAUGGAUAUAUGUUAGACAGUACUUAAUACUUCCCAUACUGUUUGUAUAUAAAUUAGUAAUUGAAAAUAUCCUCUUAUCAGUAUUUCCAGACUAAUGCUUCUUGCAAGAUUACAAAUGUCUUGGAAGUCCAUCAAUAUGCAGAUGUAAAAUGAGAAAGAUAUACAAAAAAAACUUUAGUGACUGGGACAUGUAAACUGUUGUUAGACAAAAAAUGGCAUUUACAGUAAAAAAAAAAGCAUUUAAAAUGCAAGAUAGUGGCAUUUAUAAUUUUAGAAAAUAGCAUUUACAGUGCAAGAUGAUGUCAUUCAAAGUACAUGAAAAUAACAAUAGUGGCAAUAGCAUUUACAGCACAAGAAAAUCACAUUUAAAUUGCAAGCUAGUAUAAUAGCAUUUAUAAUGCCUUUUAUAAUGCAAGAAAAUAGCAUUUAAGAUGCAAGAUAGUGGCAUUUGUAAUGAAUGGAGUGUCAUUUAUAAUGCAAGAAAACAGCAUUUCAAGGGCAAGAUUGUGUAUGGACUUUAUAAUGCAAGAAAAUAGCAUUUAAGAUGCAAGAUAGUGGCAUUUAUAAUGAAUGGAGUGUCAUUUAUAAUGCAAGAAAACAGCAUUUCAAGGGCAAGAUUGUGUAUGGACUUUAUAAUGCAAGAAAAUAGCAUUUAAGAUGCAAGAUAGUGGCAUUUAUAAUGAAUGGAGUGUCAUUUAUAAUGCAAGAAAACAGCAUUUCAAGGGCAAGAUUGUGUAUGGACUUUAUCAUGCAAGAAAAUAGCAUUUAAGAUGCAAGAUAGUGGCAUUUGUAAUGAAUGAAGUGUCAUUUAUAGUGCAAGAAAACAUUUCAAGGGCAAAAUUGUCGCAUCUGGAAUGCAAAAUAUUAGAAAUUUUAUUGCAUUGAUAAGACAUGACAAUGGCAUUUAUCAUGCAAAAAAAUAACAUUCACUAUGCAAGGCAUUGAUUUUUUAUGGACUCCAUCAAGUCAGAAUGUAAAACGUAGUAAAACUUGCUGUUAUGCUGUUUACAACAGAUGCUUAUUCUAGUUUUAUUGAGGACUUAUUUUUUCCCAGUCUUAGCACUAUGUAUCAGGUGUAUACAUAUUUUUUUUACAAAACAGAAAUAUAUUUCUGUUAGCGAAAUACAUGUUCUUCUUUACAGAUAACUUGUUUAUCAUUAUUAGAGGACAUUUUAUAUGCCUUUUGUUAGAAGUUUUGAUGUCAUACAUUUUACACUAUACCAAAUAUUUUAUGUAUUGGGAAAUCAAAAAACUUUGUUAUUUGUUGGUUUUUAAUUGGUUGUUUUGAAAUAAAUUUUAAAUUUA